ACUGCGCUGGAGUUAGGAUUGCGAAGGAAGUGACGGCUCAGUGUUAGGUGAAAAAAAAAAACAGUUGAGAAGAAAAACAGAGAGCAAGACCGAGGCAGCAUGCACAACUCUCUGAAUGAAACGGAGAGGUGUCACACUGCGUCUGGACUUACCGCCCGGAGCUGUCGGAAGUUCCUGAAUGAGAAGUCAGGACAGAGUGAAAAUCUGAGAUUGAUUUUGCGUCGCGCUCAGCUGUAAUUCACUCAAAAGAGAAUCUCUGUCUGCCAGUACGUUCACAGAAUGUUCCGCUCUCUAUACUGCUUCGAAAGUAUGGAAACAAAACAAGGACUUAUAUACCAACAGCGCAGAGGAUCGUGGCUAUGUUCCAAGGUUGGCGGAUUGAGAUAAGUUUAGUAUUUUCUGAGCUUGGACUGGGACGUUUCGGAACUCCUUAUCAAGAAUCUAGUCAAGUCUGCCUCUGCGAUUUGUUGGACCAUUUGGGAUGUUUGCGAGGUGGAUUUUACGGGUUUCAGUUCGGAUACGUUUAUUUUUCUGGGUGAUAAGUUUAAUUACACUGGGAUUUUGCUCAGAAUUAAAGGUGCGUGUACGCUUACCUGAUGGACAAAUCACUAAUGAAGUUUUAGAGGCGGACAGUGAGCGCGACUCCAUCACUUUGGAGUACAAACAAGGAGAUGGCACACUUAUUACUUUCGUCGCUGAUUUUAAGCAGGAUGUGAAGAUCUUCCGGGCGCUCAUCCUGGGGGAGCUGGAGAGGGGCCAGAGUCAGUACCAGGCCCUGUGCUUCAUCACACGCCUCAACCGCAACGAGAUCAUCCCCAGCGAGUCCAUGGCACGCCUCAGACAGAAAAACCCGCACGCGAUCCGCACGGCGGAGGAGCGGCGUGGCGUGGAGCAGAUGACCAUGAACGUGGCGGUCAACCUGACGCGGAGUUGGCAGCUGAGCGCGCACAUCCACAACAUGUGCAGCGUGGCCCGCGAGGCCGUCUACACGCGCGAGGCUGACGUCAAACACUGGCUGGAGAGAGGCGUGGAGGGCUCCAUGUUUGAGCUGCUCCCUCAGGCGGCGGAGACGCCGGGGCUGCAGAGCUGCUCGCUGGCGCAGGACGUGUGGCAGGCGUGCUCCUGCUCCUUCAGCCUGCGGCUGGAGUGGUACCCCUGCCUGCUCAAGUACUGCCGCAAUCGGGACACCACCGGCCGCGGCAACCCCUACAAGUGUGGCAUCAAGAGCUGCAGCAAGGGCUACCACUUCACCUACUACGUGCCUCACAAGCAGCUGUGCCUGUGGGACGGCGAAGCCUAGCCAGCGCAUGAGAGGGAGAGAGGGAGGGAGAGAG